AUGCUAAUUUUCUUUCAAAUACAAUUUGUUAUUGCUUAAUGGUAAGUAUAUUAUAGCUCCUUUAAUCGACCUUCUUUGCUCUAUUGUUCCGAUGAUACUUGCCCUUUUGGAUUUAAGUAAAAUUAGAGUUCAAAGAUUGCUCUAUAUAGAAAUUGCACAAAUCCAAAAGGAACAGCCUUAAUUUUAUAAGAUUCAUAAAUGAGCACCGUUUCAAAUUACCAAUAUUACACUUAGAAUUCUUAUUCAUAUAAUCAUACAAUUGUAUUUGACGUAUACUACAUUUCACAAUGGUAUAAUGACGCACUGAUAUUUGAAUAUAAAAAUUAGGCUUAUUAAUUUAUUUAUUCUACGUAGAAUCCUUUAAAAUUUGAGAAUGGAGCAUGCGAUUCAGAAUACCAUGAAGUAAGAACAUAUCAAAUUUCUCUUCCAUAUACUAAUUAAUAUACGAAUAUUAAAUUCAGUCUAACAAAUAAUUUGACAAAAGCAUUAAUUAGAAACAUUCAUUUUUCUUAUAUAUCUUGUCACCUUACCUGUAAAACAUGUACAGGAUAUGGCUUCAAUGAAUGUACAUCCUGUUUUUACGAUGUAAUCUUAACAGAUGGAAUUUGUAGAUGUCCUAAAGGGAAAUCAUUAUUUGGAGAUAGAUGUUAUGAGUACUGCCCUUUAGGAUAUACAGAUAGUAGGAGAAGGUAUUGUAAAUAUUAUUAACCAUCUUAUUUCUUGAAUUUGUAUUUAUUCCCUUUCUAUUAUACUCAAUUAAUAAGGUGGGAUAUUAUUUAUGAUCUUCGAUACUUGAGUAAUGAAAAUAAAAAAAUUGCCCCAUACUUUGGAAUCUUUAGAUAUAAUGAAGGGGCAAACACUAUAGUUAAUACUACUUAUUUUGUUUAUCCAUUAGGAAUGCAAUUGUAUAUUUAUACAUGUAAUGCAACUUCAAUAAAUUCAGGAUUUUUGAUAUAUUUAAACAAUACUUACUAUUCUUCAAUAUAUUAUGAUGGAACACAAUAUAUUGGGAAUAAUAUUUAAAUUUUCUAUUAAUCUGUCAUAGUAUUAAGUGGUUGUUAAACUGCAAAGGCUGUAUUAUUAUAUACAAAUCUCAACGUAGAAUAGGGAAGCUUCACUUUUUCGAUUAAAGGGAACUCUACGUAUAGAUAGCUUAUUUAAAUUUAGAUCUGCUAAUUUUGGAUGGUAUUUGACAUAUGCUCUAAUGAGUAGUGCAAACUGUCCGGUUUAUUGUUUAAAGUGUGACAAAGACUACUUUUGUUCAUAAUGUUAGAUCGGGUUCAAAACAGUAUCAGAUGGUUAUUGCGUUACAUCAUGUCCAAAAGCAUCAAUACUUUAGUAUAAUAAUUGUAUCAAAUAUGAUUAAGUGACGAAAUGUAAUACUCAUAUCUAAUAUUAGACUCAAAGUAUCUUAUCUAGCAAUUCUAUGACUUUAUUGUUCCAGAUAAUAUAAAGUCAUCGUUUGUCUUAGAAUCCUCAACAAGCAAAGACUUUUAAAAAGGUGAUGAAAUUUAUUGGUCGUAUAUUGAUUCAAAUGUUGUUUAUGGAGGAAAGUAUGUUUGGGCCACAGCGAGAUUUUCAUAAAUUUAUACAAUUAAUUCCCCAUACCAUUCAUUAACAAUAUAUUUUGAUGCCGUAUUCGGAUGCAAUUUUGAUGCUGUAACAGGAUACUUGGGAUAUUCAAUUAAUAACUAAACUGAAAAAUCAGUGUCUAUGAAUUCUACAGUAAGUAUUAAUAUUAUGAAUCCUUAACCUACUUUAACAAUUGCAUUUUAAUGUUACGGAGCAACCAAUAAUGUUCUCGAUAAAUACUGUGCAAUAUCACAUUAUUAUAUUGUUGUUCAUUAUUGUAGACCUUAUUGCCUUUAAUGUAAUGAUGAAGACAAUUGUUUAAUAAUGGAUACCUAUGACACAUCAGUUAUAAUACUAGAUCCAUCAUUAUGCAGUUCUUCUUAGUAUUAUGAUGAAGAAUAUUUCAAAUGCGAAGAAUGCCCUUCAAGAUGUGAAACAUGUCUUAAUGAAAUUGAAUGUUUAACUUGCAAAUACCCUUAUUAAAUUUUUAUUACGAAGUGUGUAUCAUAAUGUAAAUUAAAUGAAUAUUUUGAUGAAUUGACCUAGAUUUGUGAAAGUAAUAAGUUUAUAUAAACUUAGAAUGCGAUCCAUUAUGCAAACAAUGCUAAUUGAAAAAUAAAUGCGUCAACUGUGAUUAAACUAUGUUUAGAUAUUUAUCUUAAGAAUAAUGUUUAUGCUUUGACGGUUAUUAUGAUGACAAUGUUAAUCUUGAAUGUUAAGUCUGCGAUAUAUUAUGUGCUAAAUGUUUUGGAUCAUCAAAUAUGAAAUGUUAGGAAUGCAUCACUGUAGAUAAAGUUGAAAAAUUGGGCAAUACUUGUAAUUGUAAAAGUGGAUAUUAUUUUGACAAGACCAAUUCGAAAUGUAUACUAUGUCAUAAUAAAUGUGAAAAUUGUUUUUCAUCUUCCGAUAACUCUUGUCUUAGUUGCAACAACUCUGAAAAUAGAAUAUUAGAUGGGCUACGUUGUUCCUGUUAAACUGGGUACUUUGAACUGAAUGAUAUUUGUGAAUCUUGUCCAAGUAUUGAAAAUUCAAGUCUGUAUUAAUGUUAUAAAUAAUGUGGUGAUAAUUCUACAAUUUGGUUUAAUUAAGUUUGCUCUCCUAUUUCAUGUUUGGUUGGUUUUGCAAACAACUACAAUUAAUGUUUUCCUAUAUGUGGAGAUCAGAUUAAAAAUGGCAAUGAGGAAUGUGAUGAUGGCAAUAAUAUUUUAGAUGACGGUUGUUACAAUUGUAGAUUUUAAUGUCCUUAAUAAUGUUUGAAUUGUAAUCAAUUUACAAUAUUACCUUGUUCAGAUGUUUGUGGUGAUGGAAUCAUCAGUGGGUCAGAAGAAUGUGAUGAUGGUAAUCAAAUCUAAUUCGAUGGUUGUUUUAAAUGUAAACUUGAAUGCUAAAUCUAAUGUACAUAAUGCAUGAGAGGUUUAUGCUAUUAAUGUCUAACAUAUGGUUGGAGUGUUGAUAUUAAUUCGAAAACUUGUAUUGAAAAUUGUGGUGAUUAUAUUAUUGUUGGAAAAGAAUAAUGUGACAAUGGAUACGAUUUUGACCCUAAUGAUGGAUGCUAUUUGUGUAAGAGGUAAUGUAGAGAUGACUGUUUAAGAUGUAGUUCUGAUGGUAUAACUUGUCUAGAAUGUAAGGUAUUUGGAUUUUAACCGGUUAGCUAUUACUGUAAAAAUAUAUGUGGAGAUGGCUAUUUAGCAAUCGAUCCUUUUUAUAGAAACACUGAGGAGUGUGAUGAUAAUAAUUUAGUUAAUUUUGAUGGUUGUAGUAAUGAAUGCAAGUUCUAAUGUUAAACAACUCUUUGUAAGACCUGCGUAAAUAAUAAAUGCCUCGAGUGCAUUGAUACUUAUUAAUUAGAUCAAAAGCGUAAUAAAUGCAUCGAACGAUGUAAUGAUAAUAUUAUUGUCGGAUAGGAAAAAUGCGAAGACAUGAAUAAUUCACUUUAUGAUGGAUGCUACAAUUGUCAAUUAUCUUGUCAACCAAGUUGUUAGAAUUGUACUAUAAAUGGUUGUUAAUCUUGUUUAAGUGGAUUUCGAUUAAUCGGUAAUCAAUGUUAAAGCAUUUGUGGAGAUGGAUUAAAAGUCCCAGGAGAAGAUUGCGAUGAUGGUAACUUAGAACCAUUUGAUGGCUGCCAUGGAUGUAAAUACUCAUGUGACUUAACUUGUUUGAUAUGUUAUUUUGGUUAAUGUAUAGGAUGUCGAUUUGGUUAUAUGAUGUAUAAAGGGUUUUGUGAGGAAAUAUCAUCUUUCUACAAUUAAAAAAUAUACUUAGAAGGAAACUUAUAUUAGAUAAAUUAGAAUCGAUAAAGUUAUGGAUUUAAUGAAUUUUGUAAGGAGGCCAUUAACGAUGCUUGUUUAGUCUGUGAAGACAAUUUUUAUUUAAAUACUAUAACAUCUAUUUGUUAGAGUACAUGCGGAGAUUCUAAAAUUAAUGGAUAUGAAUAAUGCGAUUACGAGGAACCUAUAAAUAACAUUAUUUGUAACCAAUGCAAAUUUAUCUGUAAGGAAUAUUGUGUAUUUUGCUUAUUUGGAUUAUGUUUAUAAUGUGAAGAAGGAUAUUUUUUAUAAUUGACAAUUAAUUAAUGCGAACAAGUGGUAGAAUGCAAUGACAUUGGAUUAUAUCCAGAUUUAAUGAACAAUGUUUGCUAUGAUAUAUGUGGAGAUGCUCUAAUAUCAAAGGGAGAAUAAUGUGAAGAUUAGAAUGAUAUACCUUACGAUGGAUGUUAUAAAUGUAAAUAUUCAUGCCAUCCUGCUUGUCCUCUAUGCAUUUUAGGAGAAUGUGUUGAUGACGGGAAUGCAUGCAGUGUUGGUUAUUAUUUUGAUACUUAAUAAGUACAAUGUUUCAACAUAUGCGGAGAUGGAAUAAUAGCAAUACCUGAUGAAGAAUGUGAUAAUGACUGGUUUUUCGAUGAUGAAGAUUAUCAGUGUUAAAAUUGUAAAAAAAUUUGUAAUAAGAAUUGUGAAAUUUGUGAUGAAAUUCAAAAAUGCAGUUUAUGCAACAAAAAUUAUGAACUAUUAAAUGGAAAAUGCUAUCCUAAAGACUAGAAUCAUAAUCUAUGUUUAAUAGAGAAUUGCAAAUAUUGUGAGGAUUCUUAAUGUAUCAUCUGUUCAACAGAUUAUGUCUUACAACCAUUUGAAAAUAUUUGCUAACCUAUUUGUGGUGAUGGAAUCGUUCUUGAAGGAGAGCUUUGUGAUGAUGGUAAUAGUAUUAAUGGUGAUGGUUGUGAUACAAAUUGUAAACCAUCCUCAGAUAGCCAAUGUGUGAAUAAUUAAUGUAUCUAUGUUUCACACCCAAAGCCUUAAUUGAAAUUUGCAAAAGAAAUGGAUAACUCUUAAAUUGUAUAUUUAACUUAUGAUUAAUAAAUCAAAUUAUCAGUCAAUUAUUCGAUUCAAAUGUUUAUCAAUUCCAUCUCAUCAAAAAUAAAUGAUAAAGAUGCAAAUGUAUCGUUUUCUGAAAUUGGUUCACUAGAUUAAGAAUCUUGUUAAGACUUUCAAAUGGAAAUAAAAAUCUAAUAUGAGGAAAUAAUAAUUGAUCCAAUAUUUUCUAUAGCCUUUGCUGAUCUUAAUAUAAUCACAAAUGAAUUUGGAAAAAUAUCAAAUGAAGUUGAAAUCUCAAUUUAAUUACCAUCCCCAAAUGUUUUAUCUGAAAAACAAUAAUAAAUUACAUAAUCUCUUAUAAAGUUUAGUGGGUAUUAAAUGAAAAUAAUAGCAGGUCUUAUUGUAUUAUCAUCCUUAAGUGGUAAAUUUGAAAUUAUUCAAAAUUAAAUCGAUGUUAUUCAAUAACUAUACUAUUUAAAAUAUAUAAAUAGUAGAAAAGGUCAAAAUUUAAUAUAAUAUUUUGAAACUUUUAAGAUUAUUUAACUUGCUAGUUUUUAUGAUUUUAUUGGAUUCAAUCCCUCUAAUAAUUUAUUUUUUGGAUUAUCUUAUUAGAAAUCAGAACGGAUUUUUGAAGAGGAUGGGCGUAAUGCAAACUAUUUCCCUAAUUUCAUCUAAAUUUCUACAGUUUUUGUUUUUGCUUAUUUUACUCAUUAAUCAAUUAAGAUUUUAAUUAAAUACACCAUGAAUAAAAUUAGGAUGUUGAAAAUUGUGUAUUUCAAUUUAUACAUAUUAUAUGGAUUAAUAACAGUCACAAAAUUUUCAAUAAAAAAUUGGAAAAAUAAGUUUAGUUAAUAGUUCUAAAGGCUGCUUUAAGCACUCCUUUAUGAAUACACAAUAUCCUCUUUCUUAUCACUAAUAUAUUAGGAUUUUAAUUAAGUUGAAGGAAAAUUCAGUCUAAUAGUUAAUGGAGUUGUCAUUUAUCUAUUAAUUUAUUAUUUAUUAUACUAGAAGCAUUCAAACAAUAAAUUACAUAUUCAAUUUACUUAUUCAUGUUUAUAAAAGAUACUGUUUGGAACAAUCCUUAUUGUUUGCUUUAAGUCUACAAUACUAUAAAUUUAGUUAUGUGCUUUAAAUGAAUUCAUUUAUUUUUACCAUUUAUUUAAAUAAACGAAAUAAACUGAGAAAUUUGAAUUAUUCAAAAAAUAAUAGACUCAUUUUAAUUUAUUUGUCAUAAAUAUCAUGUUUUUGAUAAAUGAAUUAUACAAGGAUAACCCUUUUAAGAUAAUUUAAAUAGGAUGGAUUAUUGUUGCCUUAAUGAGUUCAAUAUUAAGCAUAACUUUGUUGGUUGAUAUUUGCAAAAUACUAUAACCAUUUGCAUAAAAUCUAAUAGAUAAACUAAAACCAUAGAAACCAAUUUUUUAAAAUCAUGAAAUAUUGGAUCAAAUUUAAUAAAGAAAUAUUUUAUGA